UGACAGUGUAAUAACCGAUUGGUAGGGUCUACGCUAAUAUUGCGGCUCAAUCUACCACAGUACAAGUGCUCAAGGAAAUACUCGGGCUAUGCCACCGAGCAGCUGCCCAGCCCCCCGCCAUUCCACCGUGCGCCCAAUCCGGCCCGCCGACUGCCAAGGUGGGGUGGUCCAACUCGGGCACUCAAGCUGCCCAGUCAGCAGUGGCACGCCCUUGAACAGCUGCGUGCGUGUCAAGCCCUGCCAGGAGUCAUCCAGUUUGCACCACUCUACGACCAGAGGUGACACCCGGCGAUUCAUUUUCUUGCUUUCGUUUUUGCAUUGGAUUUCUCAUAGAUGAACAAGGCUUCUGAGUAGCAAGACUACUGAAUCAAUUGACUCCUCUACCAUCCACCCAGUGAGUUGACCUUGACCUUGCUGCCUGCCUGCUGACUUACUUUCAUAGACAGCCAACAUGGGCGAAAAGGUCGAGGACGCGCCAUUCCCACUGACGGAGGUGGAUAAGUGGGUGCUCUCGCAGACGGACGAGGAGUUCAAGUACCACGACUGGGAAGAGCUAAAGGAGAUCAUCGACACCAACAACCUCUCGGUUCUGAAGCGAAAGCCCUCAGACCUCCGCCGGUACAUGAAGUGGACAGCCGAGACCAAAGCUGCCUAUGGAUCCAUGACCAAUUUCCUGCUGCAACACCGCCUUCCAAAGUCGUGGGGCCCAGUCCCUUUCACGCCCGCCUCUGAGAUCCCUUUCAAGGACCCGUCCGACUAUGUUGUCCUCGUCAAUGACUGGCCCUACGGCCUGACCCCUGGCAUCACGCACUUGGUAGUCUGGACCCGAACUAUCAUCCCGACGGAUCCCGACACCGGAGACGUCACUCCAGACAGCAGGAGGCUGAUUGUUGAUUUUGUCAAGAAGCACUUUACCGACAAGCUAGGCCCGGGAGGCGAGGAGCGUGUGAUGUGGUUCAAGAAUUGGGUCGCCCUGCAGAGUGUCCGAGCUCUAGAGCACAUCCACGUGCUGGUCAAAGACGUAGAUUCCGCCACAAUUGCUGAGCUGGCGCAAUAGCACACGCGUCGUUGGUGCGUCACAGUAGAAACCAGUGCGGUACAUAUGAUGGACCAUAGAAUUAUAGACCGCUAUUCCAGUCAGGAUCGUCUCCACGUGUACCGGCGCCAUGCUAAAUCGACCAGAUCAGGCCGCAGCACGUCGCUGCUUCCGGUUCGCAGCUGGGGCAGCCUCCUGCUGGCCACCCUGCUGGGCACCUUGCAUGCCUGCCAGUCCUCUCGCCAUCCCUAGAAGGCCGUAGCCUUUGUAGGCGCCGUAGGCGGGAACGACGGCCCAUACCAGCCACAGCCAGUUUCCGAACAACAUAACGAGGACCUGGCACGCCCAGGUGACCCAGACGACAUCCCACAUGUACUCUGUCAAGCCCGGUGCGGAGAGGUCCUCGCCCGAAGACCUCAGGGCUCCAGUGGAACGGUCGAACGAGGGCCGCCCGGCCUUCUCGAGUGCAAAUUCGCAGGCAAAGCUGGGAAGGGACAGCAGCACGUAGGCCCACAGGGAGCGUGACCUGAUGAAGAAGGUCCACAGGAGGAAGAGGCCAUUGACAGCUGCAGCACCGAUGUGGAGGCUUUUCAGGGACUCGGCAUUGGACUUUGCUCGGUCCUUCUUCGCCUUUUGAGCCAUGAUCAAGAGUGCUCAAGUGUGUGUAGGUGACAGAUAAGUAGGAAGGGAUGAUGGUGAUGUGGUCGUGUGACUAAUGUGACCAGAAUGCAACAAGACAGGAAUAAGCCUCACAAAGCCCAAAAUGAUUAGAUUGAGACUCAGUGAGUGGCUGGUGGUGGUUGUGAUGAAAGGGGACAAAUCCUUGGUGACAGGAAAGGAAGUUGACGUCGGUGAUGAUCCCACGUUGUUCACUUUGGGGAGGCUGAAAAUAAGUCGAGGAUCCAUCCAUGUGCAUGUGCUCCGUACGGAGUCAAAC